AUGGCGGAGAAGGAGAACUGCGCCCGGGUCACAAGGUCAAUGAAGAGGAGGGCCGAAGCUGCCAAGGGCCAAGAGCAGCCGGCCACCAAGAAACGCGUGGUCUUAGGAGAGCUCCACAUCAUCCAAAACGCCGUCGUUCCGGCGAAUAACAAAAGUUCUGUGGUGGAGCCGCAGGUGCAGAAACGCGGAGCCAAAGCCAAGGCGAAGAAAGCACUGCCCGAGAAGAAAACGGAGACGCCGACGACGCCGGAUAUUGAUUCCACGUCGGAUGACCCUCAAAUGUGUGGGCCUUAUGCUCGUGACAUUUAUGAUUAUCUUCACAAGCUCGAGGCGGAUCCAGAUAGAAGGCCUUUACCUGAUUACAUGACAAAGGUUCAAAGGGACAUCACUUCUAAUAUGAGAGGAAUCUUAGUAGACUGGUUGGUGGAAGUUGCAGAGGAAUAUAAGCUCCUUUCCGACACUCUUUUCCUCACCGUUCUGUAUAUUGAUAGAUACCUAUCUUUGAAAGCUCUCGACCGCAAAAGGCUUCAGUUACUGGGUGUUUCUUCAAUGCUCAUUGCCUCAAAGUAUGAGGAGAUCAGCCCUCCACAUGUGGAACAAUUUUGUUACAUCACAGAUAAUACAUAUGAUAAGGACCAGGUGUUAAAAAUGGAAGCUGAUAUACUCAAGGCCUUAAAGUUCAACUUGGGAAAUCCUACAAUAAAGACAAUACUAAGGAGAUUUGCUAGAGUGACUCAAGAGAGCUACAAAGAUCCUAAUCUGCAGUUAGAAUUUUUGGGCUACUACCUUGCAGAGUUAAGUUUGUUAGAGUACGAGUGUGUAAAGUUUUUGCCCUCAUUGGUGGCUGCGUCUGUUACAUUUCUCGCAGGAUUUAUGAUCCGGCCAAAGUCUCAUCCUUGGACUCUGUCCUUGCAACAAUAUUCCGGAUACAAACCGGCUGAUUUGAGGGAAUGCGUCCUUAUCAUACACGACUUGCAUCGGAGUAAAAGAGGAGCAACUUUACAAUCGAUAAGAGGAAAGUACAAAUCACAUAAGUUCAAAUGCGUGGCAACCAUAUCUUCUCCUCCAGAAGUACCAACGGACUAUUUUGAAGAUCUGAAAGAAUGA